AUCGGAGGCGUGGUUUGUGCUCACGGUUAAGUAUACUACGUGGAACUUGUUUAAGAAUGAAUUAGACUGAGCAGGAAACUUGCAGUAGUGGAGGACAUAGGACCUAGAAACUGAGCUUGGAGAAUCCGUGAUCCUCACUGGAUGCUCACCAGUCCGGAAAUUGGUAUUAUUGUACAGGGUGAAGUAUAAAAAGAGCUGGGUGUUUGUUUUACAUUGUUCUGAGGAAGUCCCUUUAGUGGCGAAGAAAGCGCUCAACUUAUUGGAAUAAAUCGUGGUUCACAGGGUGGUUGGUUAAGAAUGAUGGAGAAGAUUCUUGUUACUGGAGGAGCAGGCUACAUUGGAAGUCACUGUGUGGUGGAACUUUUUGAGGCUGGUUAUAUUCCUGUUGUGGUUGAUAACUUUCACAAUGCUAUCAAAGGAAAAGAUGGCUUUCCUGUGUGUCUACGUCGUGUGGAAGAGAUAGUGGGGAAAAAAAUUAUCUUCGAAAACAUUGAUCUACUUGAUGAAGUUGCUCUUAAGAAACUCUUUGCUGAGCACAAAUUCUCUGCGGUUAUGCAUUUCGCUGGGCUGAAAGCUGUAGGAGAGUCUGUUCAGAUGCCCCUCCAAUAUUAUAAGGUUAACUUAACUGGGACAAUCAGGCUAUUAGAGACUAUGAAGACCCAUGGAGUCAAAAACAUUGUGUUUAGCAGUUCUGCAACAGUUUAUGGUGAUCCAAAAUACUUACCAAUUGACGAGCAGCAUCCCGUUGGUGGCUGCACCAAUCCUUAUGGGAAGAGCAAGUAUUUCAUAGAAGAGAUGCUUCGGGACCUGAGUACAGCAGAACUGGACUGGAAUGUAGUUCUGCUACGAUACUUUAAUCCAAUUGGAGCACAUGUUUCUGGGAAGAUUGGUGAGGAUCCUCAGGGAAUACCAAAUAACCUCAUGCCUUAUGUUGCACAGGUAGCAAUUGGACGCAGAGAGCAUCUUAACGUGUUUGGCAAUGACUAUAAUACUGCUGAUGGUACAGGUGUAAGGGACUAUAUUCACAUUGUAGAUCUAGCAAAGGGACACAUAGCUGCAUUGAAGAAACUCAAGGAAAACUGUGGAUGCAAAGUUUACAACCUGGGAACUGGCUGUGGCUAUUCAGUUUUAGAGAUGGUGAAGGCAAUGGAGAAAGCUUCAGAUCGUGAGAUUAAGUACAAGAUAACUGCUAGGCGAGAAGGAGAUAUUGCAGCCUGUUAUGCUGACCCGCAUUUGGCAGAGAAGGAGCUGGGAUGGAAGGCAGAGUUUGGACUGGAUAAGAUGUGUGAAGAUCUUUGGAGGUGGCAGUGCCAAAAUCCUACUGGUUUCAGCAAAGAGGCUGACUUUAAUUCAUUUUGAACUGGACACUGUUGCAGUUUGGGAUUGCAAUGAAUGUCAUAGAACACUUCGGUUAUGAACAUUCCAAUUUUGGUCAUCUGAAUAUUGCCUUAAAGGGGCAUUCAUCUGUUUGUAUAAAUGCUGCAUAGCCAUGCAGUAUUUAUAAAAUGAAGAUUUCAGACAUUUUCUUGUGUUCAUUGUAGUAGGCCCCCAAAAUGGGCAUGUUUUAAAAUUGGGAUUGUUACUCCUCUAUAGUAGAGAUCAAUAUUUUUACAAAUAAUAAGAUGAAUCAAACUAUUUAAAUCAAAUGUAUAAUGGAUGGUUACUAUGCAUUCUGUUAUUAUAUUUAUAUGUACAUUUGUAUGUAAAGUAGACUACUGAGUGAAGCUGAGCAUUGAACUUUUCAGAAAAGCAGUAUCUUACUACUGUUUGUCUUUGAUAUUCUUGACUCUGUGGGUCUGUGAUGAGAAGCAUGGUGCCUACUUUGGAGCUUUACAUGGAGGAGCCAUUUUCUUGUGAAAUUAUGUUCACUGAUGGCCAUUUGGUAACAAAUAUGUUUCAUGUCAGCUGAUAAUGGGUAAUCUCCUCUUUUUCUCUCACACUAGAGAGAAAUCUCUUACUAACUGUUAAGGAGACUUUUCAUUCAUACUUCAUAAUGUUAUCUAGCUCAUUGUUUAAGACCAGACUUUUCUACCAGAGAACAUCAUUUGAAACCUGUAAUGAAUGCAUUCUUUUUUGAAUUAUAGCAUAUAAAAAUA